CUUAGGAAGCUUGUGCAGGAUUAUCAAGAAUCCUGAAUCACUUGCAAGUUUCUAAAGUGAUGCUUCAGGAUAAUUGACCUCUGCAGAUUUGGGGGACGAGAAAGGAAGAAAAAUGUCUGUUUCCUGUCAUUUAAAGGAAUUUUCAUGGAGCAAAUCAGAAGGAUCUUUGGUUGACUUGGAUGAUGGAAACCUUACAAGAAAUGAUUGGAUAGACAAUAAGGAAAAUAAAUUGCAUCUUAAAUCACACUGGACUGGAGAAUUUAAGCAAGUUGCCCCUGGUGGAUUUAAGACAAAUCCAUUUUGGAAGGAACUGUCAGCAUCUAAUCCAUUUUUAGAUGACAUAGCUGAAUCAUGCAACAAAGAAAAAAACAAUAGACGGGUAUCUAUCUUGAAAGAAGAUCCAGAUUUAUUUUUUAGAGAUUCAAAUGGGACAGAUUCUGCUGCUUCAUCAGGAGAUGAAUUAAAUAUUGAAUAUCUCUUUUGUCGCAAACCUUCUAAAAGAUCUCCAAAAUCUAGAAGUGUUUCAGAUCUUUUGGAUAUUAUAGAUGUACGGUGCGAAUUUUCCAAUACAGAACCAUCCAAUUAUAUCCUACCUCCAGAAACUGAAGCAUUUCAGAAUCAACGUGAGGCCUACAAGACAGCUUGGUUGAAUCAACGACAACUGGCCCGAUCUUGCCUGGAUUUGAAUGUGAUAAAUCAAGGUCCUGGAUGGGCACAGACCCAAUCUAUAGAAACCCAUAUAGUCUGCAAAGUGAAUUAUGAAGGUGGUUCAGUACAGCUUCCCGACUCAGAUAUUGCUGUUCAUUUCCCUGAAGGUCAUGUGGCACUUGGAGAAUUCCAAGAAGUUGGCCUGCAGGCAAUCCUUGAUUCUCCACCAUCACUCAAUGAUGAGUUUUCAACCACCUUGACCCCUUUAAUUAAACUUACCUUGAGCAACCUUAACACGACUGAGGCUAUUUUAUUAGAGAUGAAAAUUGCAGCUGAAAUAAAAAAGGAUCCUUUUAGUCAGGUAAUGACUGAAAUUGUUUGUCUGUGUAGUUGCAAUAAGGAAGGGCCAUUUGAAAAAAUACACAAUUGUUACAUUUAUAAAGAUACUGUACAAGUGAAACUAACAGACCUUAGUCACUUAAUGUAUAUCGUUGUUGUAGCUCAAACAAACACAGUUAAUUCUCUUGUAAGUGUUUGGGAAUAUAUCCACAGAAAACUUUCAGUUGGGAUUUAUGGACCAAAACAUAUCCAUCCGUCUUUCACUGUUGUUUUUGCUUUAUUUGAUCACAACUAUGUUCCUGAUAAACUAACAGUAUGUGACAUUAAAAAGGGAGGAAAGAGCUUGCCCCCAGUUAUUUUCCAGUUAUGGGGGAAGCACACAUUUGUAUUGGAGAAACCGCAAGACCUCAGCAUUUCUGUUGUCUCCUGUGAUUCAGAUUUUGAAGUGAAGAAAGAAGAACAAAGGAAAGAAAUUAAAGAAGAAAAAUUGAAAGGAGGUGGUGGAGUAAUUCACCGUCAUUUUCCAUUUUCUAUAAUCUGCAAUAGGAAAAUACACAUUUUUGUCUUCCGUGUUCAAAUCAAAGCCCCAGAAAAUAACUUGGCAUGCCAGUUUUACAUUACAACACCUGAACCACCUCCUAAGUUAUUAAUGGGUGUAACUAACAAGCCAAACCGAAUUGAAAAACGCAAGGAAGUAAAAUCUGCACCAUUAUUAUUAUUGCCCACCAUAAAAUACCCUACUUUUCAAGACAAGGUUUUAAAUAUUACCCGCUAUGGUACAGCACUCAAAACAGUGUUACGCCAAAGCAAAAUUGAUUACUUACUAGAAUAUUUUAAAGGCGACACGAUAGGAAUACUUGGAGAAGAUAAGGUCAAAGCCAUUGGACAUACGAAAAUUAAAGAAUGGUAUGUAGGAGUUCUUAGAAGAAAAGUUGGACUUGUUCACUGCAAAAAUAUUAAAGUGAUAACUGAAAACCAAACUAUUGAUGUUGAGGAUAGUGAAAUCAUGACCAGCAGCCUCCUUGAACAGAUUGCAUUGCCUUUUAAAAAAUUGACUUAUAUCUAUUCAACAAUCUUAUCCACAGUGUCAGAAAACCUAAAUGAUUGGAAAGCUUUGUCUGAUGCUCUUCAAUUUUCAGAUAUGUCCCGGUAUGAUUUAAAUGCAUUAGAAGUUGAAAAAGAGUCUGAAAAAGUAGCGUACAUUAUGAAGAAGCUUAAAGAAAUUUGCCAUGCUCAGAGAAGCACAAGACGAUUCCUAUAUGAACUCUCUGUGGCACUUUUAAAGCUAGACUGCCAAGGAUUAGUAGCCCGUAUUACCCAGGAUACAGUUAUUUUUACUGCGGCGGUAAAACUUGGGAAGAACUGGAGAGAGUUGGCAGAAAAAUUAGCACGACUUACAAAACAACAAAUUGAUGCUUAUGAAACUCCUCAUCAUAACAAAAAUGGAGAAGUUGCUCCAGAGAUGAUGUGGAAACCAGCUUAUGAUUUUCUCUAUACCUGGAGUGCUCACCAUGGAGACAGUUACAGAGAUAUGUUGCAAGAUCUGCAUUUAGCUUUGGACAAAAUGAAAAACCCUGUGACCAAACAAUGGCGAGAAAUAACUGGAGCUCUAAUCCUAGUCAAUUGCAUGGAGGUUCUUCGGGCUAGUGCUUUCUCCAUGUUGGAUGAAGAAUAACAUUCAUUUUCAAAUUUAGGAAGAUAUUCUAUAACUAGUCUCCUUGCAAUAUCAAACAGGAAUAUUAAGCAGGAACAUUUUCACCAAGGAAAAUUUGGAAUCUUUGUGAAAAUUAAUUCCUAAAUGUAUUCCUUUAACUUGAAAAAAAUUGAGUCAUUAAUUUUCAAGCAUCACCAAUUUUACCUCAUUUUUAUUUAAAGCUAUUUAGUUAGUAAACAUUUAUCAAAAGAACACAAUUGCUGCAUGAUCUGAACAAAUUCUGAAAGAGUUCAGAAUAAUGUAUUCAGGGGAGGAAAUGCAAUACUGAUGUUAAGUAAGAAGUAAGUUAUAUUGCUAGAGGAAAAAACAUUUUUUCCUAGAAAUUGAGUCAUAGAGCUCUAUUGUCAAUUCUAUCAAUAAUGCAUAUAGUCAUCUAUAUAGGUUGCUCUAUGAUCCAGAUGCGUUUAUAGUUCUAUAUAAAUAUAGUUAAGACUGCAGUUCCCAGGAUUUCCACUCCCCAUAAUCAAACACAUAGAAAAGUGUUUCUAAGCUUGGCAAAUUUAAGUUGUAUGGAUUUGAACUUUCAGCCGUGCCAGCUGGGAAAUCCUGAGAGUUCAAGUCUACGUAUCUUAAAAUGGUCAAGUUUAAGAAAUUUGGAUAUAGAACCAGUGAGCUUGGACACAAAUUUGGGAAAGCUGCUUUAUGAUAAUCACACUACUUCAUUGUAUGUAUCAAUUGAAUAUAUUUCCUUGGAUAUAGUAUGAACUUUGCUAUUGAUUUCCAAUAGAAACUAGGCACUGAGCCAUGUAUCUUUAUAAACUGACUCAUGAUUUUCUUAAUGGGAGCUAAGCAUUAGCUACUGUAAAGACUAUAUAAAUCCAAGGAAGCCUUUCUGAUUCAACUACUUCUUAGCUGAUUGCAGAACAGCCAACUCCUUCUAUAAUUGUGUACAGGUUUGUCUUGAUUUAGAGCAUUUAAUGAUACUUGUUUUUCCUUUCAACCUGUAUAUGGGCUUUUUUGGGAGUGGCAGUUCAUUCCUAGCAAAUUAGAAAUAUAUCAUAUCUGUGUGGUUGUCUCAUCUGCUUUUUAGUUAUACAACAUUAUCAGUGUUGUGUAAUAUUGGUCAUAUUUCUAAGUAGUUGUUUUCCUUUUCUUGUUCAUGGGCAAGAUGCUUAUUGACAGAGAAAUCAUGACAUAAAUGCUGUUUUUUUAUUUGAAACAUAGGAAUUCCAAAAUUCAUUUAUACCAUUUUUUCAUAGAUUUCAUUAAUUAAUGAAAAUAUAUUGUGACAAAACAGUUUUAAUUAAUUCCUGUUUCUAAACUAGCUAUUGUUUCAUAAACAUUUUUAUGUUAUGAUUUGCUCUGUUUUGCUUUCAGUAUUAAAUUCAAGUGAUAUCAAAAAGAUGAAUGCCCAUUAACUUAUCAAUGAUUGUUACAUAGAUUACUUUUUUCAUUUUUAAAAAUUACACAGUAACAUAGUAACUAGAGACUGAAUUUGCCUGCCAUUUCAACUAAUAUUGUUAUGUUUGUCAAACUGUGGCUUGUAUUGACAAUGUUAAGGCCAAAUGCUUCUUCAGAAAAAGUUUUUUUUUAAUUCAUAGGGGCCUUCUUUAUUUGCCUCUAUUAGCUUUUUUUAAUGGAAAAUAUUCUACAAUAAAUGGAAAACUAAUCGGAAAUGUCAAUGUAUAAAUGAUAAUCUUACCUCACUUAACAUUUUAUUAAAAAGAACACUGCCAUUAAUGUGCUAAUUAUGCUGUAGUACUUCUAAUCAUUUUUAAUAUUACAAAAGGUGGGGGAGCUUGAAUUCAGCUUGAUGAAUUAUUGGACAUAUCCAUGAGUGGAUUCAACACUGUGGAAAUGAUUUUCUACUUAUUAUUUAGUUUCCUAACUUGAUAAGGUCAACCAGAUUUUGCCAUCUGCUGAAUCUAUAUGCUAAUUUAUAGCAGCACAAGAUUGACCUCUUUGUUUAUCUUUUUGUUGAUGCGAUUGACAUAACAUAGUUAAUAAUAGGUAAGUUAAAAAUCUUUGUUGUAUUAACAUAAUUAAACUUGGUUACAGCUUGGGGGUGGUUGGUUCCUUUAAAUCAGGCUUGACUUCUAGUGAUUCCUUGGACCAGUCUCUACAGUUUUCUAGACCAAAUGUUGGAAGUAGUUUGCCAUUGCUUAUUUUGGCUUUUAACCUUAGCUAUUUUUUUAUUGCACAAACUCAGCUGUUUAUUUAAAAAUGCAGUGUAUUAUGAAUAUCCAGAAAAAGAAUUGAUUUGGAAUUAAGGUAAGCAUGUUGUAUUAAUCCAAUCAUUGAAAAAAUGAAGGAAAAAUUUGAAAAAUGGUGUAAUAAAAUGGAACAAUGGGAUUUUUUUCCUUGCUAUCUGCCUUUCAGGAUUUCCAGGCAUACCAUAAUUGUUUACUAUAGUCUCAAGUUACAAAGCAUUUUGAGACUUAACAUGGUUUGAAUCUGUCAGGAAUAUCAAGCUAUAAUUCUAAAUGGAAUGGCUAUUUUAAAUGAAGUUUAUUUUGUAUCUCUCUAUAUUUUUUAAAACUAAUUUGUAUGACUUUGUAAUAUAUUUAUAGAACCUACUUUAAGUCAGAGGCUAAAAUUCUUAAAACAAUAUGGAAUUAUUUCUAAUCUUGUUGUGCAAGCAUAUGGGUAACCUAAGCAUUACUAUAUAUUGUUAUGUAAUAAGUGCACGAAUAAUAGCAAUAACACUCAUUGUAAAAUUAAUAUCUGUACAAACGGGAUAAUCAAAAUUUGCUUAGCAUUUUACAUAUUUCAAAUAGUUUAAUUGUAUAUAUUACAUAUAAAAGUAUUGAAUGAUAGUUAAAGAUUUAUUGGGAAAGAUCUAAUUUAGUGAUGAAAAUUUAUUGGAAAUAGAUAAAGCAUUAUACUUAUCUAGAUUAAUUAAAGAUAUCCUUUCAUUUGUUAAUGUAAUAGAACUGCUAAUAUGAGCAGCACAUGAUUGUGUUAAUUGCUUCUAAGAGAAAUUCCAACUAUAAUAUUUUAAAUUCUGGAUGAGAUGAAAGUUGCAUUGAAGUGCACCUUAAGCCUGGGAAAGAAAAGUGAACAAUCCUUUCUGCAGGAAUAUCUGAUUAAACAAAGAUACAGUGUUUGGAAUGCAUGUUAAUAUUGUUCUUAGUUAAUUGUUUUUUUAAAUGUGUAUGCAUUUUGAUUGCAUAGAUUUGAUCCAUACUGAUUUUUAGUAUAUUGAUACUAUAAAUAGCAUCCUUUGUUGUGUAUUUUUCUUCAGUUUCUCUUGUGUUGAAAUAUAACUGUAGCCUGCAUACCAGUGCCUGCAUUGAAUGCAAGGGGUUUUCUUCAUUGUAAAUAUGCAUCUGGUUGGACUGAUAAUGAUACACUGUUUUUGAAGAUAUAUUAAUGUAGAACAGGUUUGCUAUUUUUAUGAAAUGUGUGCAUAGCAUAGCAGGCAAAUUGUUCACACUGGGCAGGAAGAACAAGUAAAUAUCUAGAAGUUCCAGUUCAAGAGAUUACACCAUUCUAAGCACAAAGAAUAUGUUUAAAAGAUAUUGGGCUCAAAUAGCAAACUUCAGUAGAAAAAAAUAACAUAUGAACUAGGAAAAUACGUUUUGCCUCUUCGUCUUGUAUAAUAUAAAAAUGGAAAGCAAAAAAACAACAACACCCUCUGUCUUUGAGAGUUGUCUAUCUAGAUUUAAUUAACAGCAACUGAUAAUGCAUGAUAGAGUUGGGGAUUAACAACUGAAAUACUGAAGUAACUCAUUACUAUGGGUUGAAAUAUUAUCAGCUCUACCUAUGGCAAUCUGAGUGAUGCUGUAUCACUUGUGAUGCCCGCAGACUGUAGGGAUCUGAACAAGGGACUACAGACUUAGACUGAAUCCUAGCAAGACUGGGCGCAUCGAGCCUCAGGAUUUGAGUGUUUGUCAUCUCUAGUUAGACAGGGUUGCACUAUCCCAUGAAGAUCCAAUUUGCAACUUAGUGGUUUCCUCAACUCACAUAUGUUGCUCAAAGUGCAAAUAGCAGUCAUGAUCAGGAGACCUUAUACACAGCUCUGGUUUGUGCACAAGUCUCAACCAUUCCUGGAUUAUGGCUCCAUGCACUCAAGCCCUAUUUAUCUCUCACCUGGAUUGUUGCAAUGCAUUCCACAAGGCAGUACCCUCGAAGUUCAUUCAGAAGCUUCAGCUUGUGCAAAGUGCAGCAGUGAAAGCAAUCUUUGGAAUCCCUAGGAUGGCCCAUAAUAUAUUUCUGUUUCACAAACUUUAGGGUCUACUUCUGAGUGUAGCUCAAGGUGUUGGUUAUGACCUUUAAAGCCCUUAAAGGCAUAGGUCCAGGCUACCUAAUGAACCACCUCGUCUUGCCAGGACAAGCCCAUGCCAACAGAAAGGACGUCAACUACCAUCAGUCAAAGAAUGCCAACUACCAAGUUCUAGAAGAAGAGCCUUCUCUGUUGCUGUGCCUGCCCUUUGGAAAACCUUACCUUGUAAAGUAAGGUCUGCCCCUACCCUCCUAUACUUCUGCAAGAGUCUGAAGACCUGUGUCUGCCAGUUUCCUGACAACCAAGUGGAAUUCACACCAGAGGUAGAUGCAAGAUAGAUGGCUGACUCCAUCUUCCGUCCUUGUUCUUUUCUGUCCACCCACCUGUCUUUUUGGUUAUAUUCUAAUUGUGUUCCUUUUUCAAUGUUUAUUUUAAGGUUCUAUUAUUUUACUUCUGUUUAAACUCCUUUCACUUUCUUCCUUUUUAUUGUUGUAAACAGCCUAGAGUAGCCCAUGGCAAACUAGGCACUAAAUGUAACAAAAUAAAUAAACACAUAAAAUGUA